AUGCUUCAAGCACAAAAUAAAAUCUAUAAUAAACAUAAAAAUAAUUUUAAAUAUUCUGAAUUACUUAACCAGCCAAUUGUUUUUAAGUACUUAUGUGGACUCACAGUUGAACAAUUUAGUUUACUUUUAAAUUCUGUUCAACCAUAUACUCACUUAAUUCCAUAUCCUGACUGCAAGAAUAACUCUAAUCGAAGAUUGAUCGAUUUACCAACUGAACUGUUAUCUGUUCUUACAACAUGUCGACAUGGACUCAAUCAAGUUAUGUCAUACAUUUUAAAUAUAUCAAAGUCGACUACUCAAAGAAUAUUUAUAGGAUGGGUUAUAUUUCUGUCAACCAUACUCAAUGAAAUCGAUUUAAAGCCAGAAUCUGGUUUUUUUGUAAAAAAAAUGCCAAAAAGUUUUAUUGAAACUGAACAUGGUCUCACUGAUUUAAUUAUUGAUGCAACUGAGUUUAAAUUCCAAAGUGCUUCAAACUUUGAGCUAAAUUCUUUGAUGUUUUCUAAUUAUAAGAAUACCCAAACAGGAAAAGCUUUGAUUGGAAUAGCACCACACGGUGGCGGCAUAUUAUUUAGUGAUAUAUAUCCAGGCUCUAUCUCAGAUUCAGAUCUAACAGAAAAAUCCGAUACUAUUCUGUUUGUAGAGAAAGAUCAUGAGAUUAUGAGUGAUAGAGGUUUUUCAAUACAAGAGUUUUGCGCAACAAAGGGAAUAACAUUAUAUCGUCCAAAACAGAAAGAUUCUGAUCAAUUUUCUCAAGUUGAUGUGGCCCGUAACUUUGACAUAGCUUCAACACGUAUUCACGUUGAAAGGUACAUUAUGGGAAGAAUAUGGGAUUGGGGAAUUAUGAACACUGUGUGGCCCAUAAAUAGAAUGGAUUUGUUAUCUUCAACACGGCAAAUGUUAGCACACAUUGUAAAUUUAACAAUGCCUCCUAUAGGACCAAAAAAAUAG